GCGGGACCCCGCGGGCAGCGCUAACCCCUGCGGCCGGGGGGGCACGGCGCCGGGGCUGGGCAUGGCUCUGAGAGCGGCUCCGGGACGCGCGUCUUCCUAGACGGAUUGAUUUUUCUCCGCCUCUAUUUACAUGGUGAUAAGAAGUGCUAAUCCCACUCUUGUCAGUCUGGACUGAUGAAUCUGAGGAGUAGAACAGAGCCCUGUGUUGUGUAAACGAACUGAUGGAUGAAGAUGAGAAGGACAGGGCAAAGAGGGCAUCACGCAACAAAUCUGAGAAGAAGAGGAGAGACCAGUUCAAUGUCCUCAUUAAAGAGCUUUGCACCAUGCUGCAGGGCCACGGGCACCCUCUCAAGAUGGACAAGUCCACAAUACUGCAGAGGACCAUCGACUUCCUGCAGAAGCAGAAAGAAAUCACAGCACAGACAGAAGCCUGUCAGAUUAGACAAGACUGGAAGCCUUCAUUUCUUAGCAACGAGGAGUUCACCCAGCUGAUGUUAGAGGCACUAGAUGGCUUCCUGCUUGCUCUAACAACUGAUGGGAUUAUUAUUUAUGUAUCUGAUAGCGUUUCAUCUCUGCUUGGACACUUACCGUCAGAUUUGGUGGACCAAAAUAUAUUAAACUUUCUGCCUGAGGGCGAGCAGAGCGAGGUGUACAAGCUCCUUUCUCCACACGUGCUCAUGACGGAUCCUGUUGCAGCUGAUUUCCUAAAUGUGGAAAAACAAAUAGAAUUUUGUUGCCAUUUAGCAAGAGGCAGCUUAGAUCCAAAUGAACCCCUGAUGUAUGAAUAUGUGAAAUUUGUAGUGGAUUUUAAAUAUUUUACUCAUGUGCCUACACCCUCCUGUAAUGGCUUUGAGUCAGCUAUUGCACGAGCUUUCAGGUCAGCCACAGAGGAGCAGAUUUGCCUGGUAGCGACUGUUCGUCUUGUCACGCCGCAGUUCCUAAAGGAGCUCUGCAACAUUGAAGAGCCGUGUGAAGAAUUUACUUCAAGGCAUAGUUUAGAAUGGAAGUUUUUAUUCUUGGACCACAGGGCUCCACCUAUUAUAGGAUAUUUACCCUUUGAGGUUCUGGGAACGUCAGGGUAUGAUUACUACCACGCAGAUGACCUGGAGCUUCUUGCUAGGUGCCAUGAACACUUGAUGCAGUUUGGAAAAGGAAAGUCCUGUUACUAUCGGUUCCUGACCAAGGGGCAGCAGUGGAUAUGGCUGCAGACACACUACUACAUCACCUACCACCAGUGGAACUCCAAGCCCGAGUUCAUCGUUUGCACUCACCUGGUGGUCAGUUAUGCAGAAGUUCGGGCUGAGAGGAGGCGAGAUCUUGGCCUGGAAGAAUCAUCAAUUGAACUGGCAUCCUCUUCUCUAAAGAGCCACAGCAGCUACCUGGACGUGGGGCAGUGCGGCAGCAGCCAGGACGCCAGCCGGGAGGGAGUGUCACUGUCAUCGCACAGCUCCCGCUGCUCCUCGCACACCACCCUCUCCAACUCCACCUCCACGUCGUCGGUGCGGCGCACAGACACCAGCACUCCCACGCGGGCUCCGGGGGACAAGGCAGCCCUGAGGCUGGCAGCAGCCGGCAGCGCUCAGCCAGUGUACCAUUUCCCUACCCAGCUGGGGAUGAUGCACCAGCUGAAAGAGCAGCUGGAGGAGAGGACUCGCAUACUGCAGGCUGACAUCAAAACACAGCAAGAGGAGCUCCAUGUCAUCAAGGAGCAGCUGCAGCUGGUGCAGGACUCCAACCUGCAGAUGCUGAUGCAGCAGCCGAUCCCCGUCGUCUUCAACACGGUGCAGCAGCCGAGCCCCCGAACGCCCAGGCAGACCACAGCCAAGAAAUCACAGCAGCCAGCCCCCAUGGGGACAAAGCACUACUGCAGCACCCACCUGCUGUCACCGCACCCAUUCCUCAGGGACCCCUGUGGCACAGUCCCCCAGGUACAGCAGCAGAAGCAGCAGCACCCAGUGAGAGGAAGCCAAGGGCAGCAAACGUGUGUGCCGGGGCAGGCGAGCAUUUCAGUGCCCUUCUACAGCAACCCCAUGGUGUUCUCCCAAACUCACCCCAUCGCCGUGGCUGCUCAGGUGCCCACGGACAGCAGUGAGAGGCAGCCCCCAGCUGACUACAGCCAGGACAGGAGCCUCAGGAUGCUGUUGGAUCAGUCCAUCCAGGCCGUGAUGCCCACAGCCAACAGCAACUGCCAGCCCGUGCAGAGCAGUGCCAGCAGGCAGCAAGGAAAGUUUGUUGCAGAGCAGCAGAGCCUGCCUCCCCCGGCACAGGGGCAGCCCGUCACCUGCAGCGCCGCCCGGCCGCCAGCGCCGCCGCCCAUCUUCUCCCCGUCUCUCAUGAUCCCACACCCCAGCUUCACAUCCCACCAGCCCAACACCCCAGUUCACCUGCACCAGUGGCCGCAGCAGCAGGUCCAGCAGCACCGCCUCUACCUUCAGAUGCAAGGUCCCGAGCUGGUGCCUGGGGCUCCGACGCAGCGCAUUUUCCAGCCGCCCCACGCUCCUCAGCAGAACCCCUUGAGCUACUUCCUCCACCCUCAGCAACAGGGCCACCACGCACAGGGCCAGCCCUGCAACCUGCCUGACCUGCCCGAGAUGCAGCUGCCCUGAAGGU